GCGUGUGUGUGUGGGGGGGGGGGGGGAGGAGGAGGAGAGCGGCGGAAAGGAGGUGGGAAGGCAGAGAGGGAGCGCCGACAUGGCGCACAGGUCGAAGUUCGUGCCUAAUGAAGACUUCGAGAACGACCCUCGGCCAAAGCACGUCAUCUGGAAGUACGUGCAGAAGGGGCAGGUGUGGAUCAGCCCUUCGGGAGUGGACCCGAAGGGCAAUCACGAGCUACGUUGCAGAUUGUGUGGUCACUGGUGGGUCGGCAACCAGACCAAGGCCACCCUACACUUCAACACCACAUGCGAGCAUGCCAGAUGCCCGCACGCGUGCGUGUACAUCCUUAGGGAGCUGCAGAGGGCACGCGUCCCGUUGAAGGGUUCCCUCCCUGUCUAUGUGCGGGAGGCUCACAGGGAGGGUGAGCUCGAUUUCGAGCAUCCCCUCAACUGGAGACUGCCUGGCGGUGUAGCACGACAGCCCCCUCUGGUCCCUGCGCGUGAUUUGGCACAGGGACGAGGGCGGGCAUACCGAGAAGGUCCGGCACCGGUGGUAAGGCAGGACGGAGCGCGUCCCUUUGAAGGAGUGGGCGCCUCUGGAGCAGUGGGCACGACUGGUGGAGGGGGAGAGGGAGCAGGAGAGGUCCCGUCAGGGGUAGAGGGAGCAGGAGAGGGCUCGCGUGGAGCAGGGGAGGGCCCGUCAGGGGUAGAAGGAGUAGGGGACGAGAAAGAGCGUGCAGAGCACGCAAGGGCGAGACAGUUGAUCUGGUGGGGAAGAGGCCGCAUGGUGCUUCACAUUUGCAGCCAGGGAGGGGACGGGAGGUUGGGUGCAUCCCUGUACCGUAUUGAGGAUAUGUUCGGUAGGGAGCGGACCGGAGCAGGUCUAUACCUCAGAUGGAGGGAGCUCAUUCUGGAGAUCGGCGCUCAGCAUGUGGUAGCGAUAUGUAUGGACAAUGCGUUGGCCAACAAGGAGGCUUACCGUUUGCUCCGUAAUGACCAGGAUCUUUCAUUGCGAAAGAUCGCUUGGAUCCCUUGCGCAGCCCACUGCUGCAAUUUGAUGCUUACGCACAUCGCCAGACAGCCGUGGGUUGCGCAGGUCGUCGGGGAGGGGCGAGAUAUCACUUUGUUUUUUCGGCGGCACGCACGGGCAGCGUACCUCUUGAGUCGGCAGUCUCCUCCUGUGUCCUUGAUCCGCCUGAGGGAGACGCGGUACGGGACCAACUUGAUCAUGUUGAGGCGCAUGUUGGACUUGCAUUUAUUUUUGGAUGCCUGUGUUAGCAGCAGUGCUUGGGCGACGACUGCGUGGCUCCCCGCACUGAGGUAUGGCGCACGCAGGUGCUUUGACCUUCUCCGCGACCCCAAGUGGUGGCAGCAGGUGGAUCUGGUUGCCACCAUUAUGGGCCCCAUUCACGAGCUCCUUCAGCAUGUUGAUUCUGACGGGCGUAGGGUCGGCGACGUGUGGGGUCUGCUAGAGAGGCUGCAGAUUACCGUAGAUCGACGAUCUCUUGAUGAGGCUUGUCACCAACCCAUAAAGAAGAUAGUCAAGGAAAGGUCAGAUAUGCUCCUCACCCCCAUUCAUUGCGCUCCGUACCUGUUACACUUCAAGUACCGCAGCAUUGACAGCUUGAUGCGAGGGAUGGUGGAGGAGCGCAUUCUCCACCUUGAUUACAUCGCGAGCCAGAUCGCGGGAGGCCGAAAGGGCGACGAGAUGACUGUCGUGUGGAGUUCUUCGCAGGACUUCCAUGGCAAGUAUCCCACACCUGGUCAUUGGGGGGGACCCGUCGGAGAUGCAAAGAUCGAGCAGCCUGACUUUGAUCCCGUGAGGUGGUGGAGGGUUCAGGAGGGUGAUCAUCGGGUACUGCGAGAUGUCGCCAUGCGCUGCUUGGGUGCGUGGACCACUGCCUCUCCCUGUAAGAGGAACUGGUCCACGCAUGACUUCGUUUACACGAAGAGGCGCAACAGGGAGGGCGUCGAGCAGUUGGAGAAGUUUGUGUUCUAUCACUGGAACCUUAAGCUUCUCCAGAGCAGUCACUCGCGCGGCGGGUUCAUAGGGGCAGGCCUCCCAGGGGUCGGAGUGACUGAUGUGGAGAGGAGGGAUGAGGACUACUCCCGUUUCGAGCCGGACGUGAUGGCCCUGGGGACAUACGACUCGGCGGAGAUCGAGAGGGAGGCCGAUCGCCUUAGGAGGCAAUCGAGUGGCAGACGCUUGGCGCCGACCGCUGCAGCACUGGCUCAUAAGAUUCGCCAACAGGGCGAAGACGCAAUCCGCGGAGAGGAUGUGAUUGACGAUGACGUGUCGUGGUUGUCGGGACCUUAUCGAGGGGAUGGGUUUUUGGAUGUCGAGGCCCCUGCCACUGUGAGCCCUGCAGGUCGGAUGCUCCCACCACGCACUAGCCUUCGCGGUGACGAUUUUCCCGGUGAUGAGGCCCCCUUUGCUGGCACACCUGCAUGUGAGGCAGACUCGCACAGCCUUCGUGGAGACAAGUUUCCAGACGUGUCGGCCGACGCUGGCCCAGAUGAUGGCAUGGGCGGGGGGGGGAGGCGGUUGCAGGUCGAUGCAUCCACCGCCACACCACACGAGUCCCAUCAGCCCAGGGAGCCCGCUACACGAUCUUCGACUCUAACAGCCCUUGAGGACACGCUGCAGCCGUCCUCCGCGACAGGUUUUGUUGAGGGCACGUCGUCCGAGUCCCCCACCGCGGCUGCUGCCACCUUUUCCAGCCCCCACCGUGCAGUGGAGUACGACUCCGAGGGGAGGCUUAGGCGACGAGCCGGUUUCACCGGUCAGCUGGAUUUGUGGCCAGCGUCGGCUGUAUGCCAUGAUGUUGAGAGGGAUUUUGCGGCGUACUUACCGAGACCGUUGUCAGAUCUGCCUCGAGUUGCCCCUGACGCGGAGACCGGUGUCGGCGCGAAUACCCUUAUAAGGGUAUCUGCCCUGGUUUUUGCAGGCGACAGAAAACAAUUUUGGUUUAAAGUUUAAGUAUACCGCGCUAGGCGCAGCUGUGUCCGUGAUAACGUUGACUGGAUGGUUGACUAGAGUAAAGGGUGCGUGGGCGC